AUGGAGUAUCUCGGAAAUCUUUUCGAAUGGGCCCGCGACCGGGUGCUCGAAUGGCAGGGCUUUGACGAUGAUUGGCCUUAUACUGCAUCGCCGGCUCAGAGUGAGGGUCAUGGAUCACAGUCUGAAGACAAUGAUAAUCAGGAAGCUCAGUCUGGCGAUGAAGACAUGCUCGAUGAAGAGCAUUUGCAGGAGUUCCGAGCUGGCAAUGUCUCCAAUGGUACCAAUAUGGCGACGACGGGUGGCGGAAAACGACGAGAAGUACACUCAGGCGGAGUUGCAAGUGGUUUUCUCUCCCGAAAUGGUCAACGACAGGGCAAUCCAGUUUCACCAGGAAACAAUCGAGGCUCCAGGACUCCACCUCCACCUCCGCCUCCACCGGUGACCACUCAACGUCUGGACGAAGAGGAUGAUGAGUUGCCCCCUCUUUCGGCACACUACUUUGAAAGACAUGACCAAGCGUUGAAGGCGCAUGAGGCCACCAUGAAACGACGUCGGGAGGAAGAGCGACACGAUCGUGAUUUCUCCAAGCGUCGAAGAUAUGGCAUCUUCCGGAAUCAACGGAACGCGUGGCAUACAGAGGGAACGGCGGAAUUCCCACCGGCACCUCCAGUCACGAUCGAAAGGGAGGAUUAUGAGUUCUACCGGGUUUGGAAAGAUGAAGCAAGGAGGAACGGGCGGCGAUCUGCACAGCCUGGUCACCGCUCACCAAGGACUGUUAACGUUGGGGGAGACUCUCGUGUCGAGCAGCUGCGAAAGCAAAGGCAGGAAUUGCUUGAGCUUGCGAAGAAAGCCCAGCAGAACAGCCAGCAAACUCCGUCUCCACCGAAACAACCUACAGGUGAUAACAACAAUCGCGGUCGUCCAUCAUCCCCACCAGGUCAAGGUCCAACCUCGCCAAGAUCGGGCUCGAAGGCUGCAUCUCCACAGCAGGGACCUUCGACACCAGGUGGGUGGUCGAAUGUACCGCAGACGCCGCCCAAGUCAAACACGCCUCAGCAACCUCCUCCCAAGACUUCGCUCGAGUCGACCACGCCGCCGGGAUCUCCUCCCAAACGAAACGCGACUCCGCCAAAGGAGCCCAGCCCCAAGAAGAAGAGAAAGCCAAUUGAUGACCUUCGAAUUGAUGGGACAGAGAAGCUCGGUUUCGGCAAUGCUACACAGACUGGUGGCGAUGCUGAUCCUGAAGCUGGGAAAGGGAAGGGUAGGAAGACUUCGCCACCGCGGGAGACUGGUCCUGGUCAGCCGCCGUCGAGACCUAGACGACCACGUCGUACUGGUCGGAAACUGGAAGUUGAAGUUGACUUCAUCAGUGAGGACGGUAUACUUGCAUGUGAAUCACAAGGCUUCGGGCCAGAAAUCACAGAGGGCGAGGACCUGCAAUGCUUAUGUUAUGCAAUCAGAGCAUCGAUUGAGGCCCAGCAUCCUGGAGACGACAUCCCUGACAUGGCCGAGUGCCAGCGAACCAUGGUCAGAGGCUUGCCCAAAGAUGUGAGAGAUGAGUUUCUGGAACCGUAUAAAGACAGUCGGUUUGACGCCAGGUCUGGAGGCCGGAACUUCACCGGGGAGGAGGCGUUCAGAGGCAUUUCUAUGCUGGGCUACCAGCUUUUGCUCGUUGUCGAGGCCUCCAGCCGUCCACAAGCAUAUGUGAGAGAUCAAGGCCCAGAUCAAGACUUUCCCCCAACCAAGGGAUACCUCGUCCUGCACUGGUCCGACCGUGUCUACUACAAGGGACAUUUCUCUUCCAUCGGGCCGAAGACCACGAGACCGCUGCGUGUCGGUAAGACGAGACCGCUGUCACCGGGUACGCAGGCCGCCAGAGGCUUGAUCAAUGCUGGAAAGCGUGGGGAGACGCCUGACAAGACAUCUCCAUCUGGUGAGAAACAGUCUGCCAAGUCUGCAACAACUUCUAUCACUCCGGAGAGGCAGGCCUUGUUUCGAGAUGGCCUGUCUGAGCUCGUACACCAGUCAAGGUUCACGAAUGGAGUCACGUUGAAUGUAGUCGCCGCAGCCGUGAACUGGAAUCUUCGCUGGCGACCAGAUCGCGCCUCUUCCACACAUGUGAACUUCACUGGAGACGAAGCGCAAACGAUCCUGACAGCUCUAUCAGGUGCCAACGACCUAGUGGAGUAUCCAGUACGCGGCGAUCAUGGUCGCGUCCGUCAACACAGAGACCUGCCUGAACAGUGCCUGGGUAGCGAAUGCCCCUGCGACUCACAGAUCAGCAAGGGGAAGUUACCGCCGCAGUCCAGAAAAGGCGAAUCAUCCAGUCAAAGUCAAGGUCGCCGCAACUCACCGCCAGCCUCAACUCAACCUCAAACCCAGCUCUCCGUCGGCCGCCUGGCAACGUAUCGCGGCGCCCUCGCCAAGAUCAUGGACCAUCUAGAGCAUGCUGACAAAUACUACAACACCGGCGUGAAAGACGCCCGAGUCCUCGUCCGCAUCAACGCCCAUCUAAGGCGACAAACUGUCGCUGGAAGUGAAGCAGCCCCAGUCUACGACGAAGACGAAAGUAAAACUUGCCUCACAGCCCUCGCCGAGCAAGGCGACAUGAUCCGAUACCCCGUCAACGGGGACCUGGUCCAACGCAUCCGUCCUGGCGAGCCUAGAUCACCACGUCGCAAGGAUAAUACAAUCAAGGCGGACAACAUUGGCGGCGCACUGGCUGGUACUUUCGGUCCUAAGGCGAUGGGUACGAAGCCUGCUAGUUCGAAGGGGGAGGGGAAGAGUCCUCCACCAGAAACCCGUUCGAACCAGGAGACGACUGGAAGGAAGCGUAAGAGCGCCGAUGCACCCGCUGCCGCUGCCAACGCCAACAAAAAGCAGAAUUCUGGUCCACCGCCAUCCAAGUCGCAAGGCACAACGAAGAAGAAGGGUGUUUGGGGAGGUGGUCUUGCUAAGAAACUGGAGAAGCAGCCCUUUCAGUGA